GACCCGCGGCCGCGCUUUACGAUGAUCAUGCCGCCGCCGAACGUGACCGGAUAUUUGCAUCUGGGCCACACGAUGAUGGUCGCGGUGGAGGACACGCUUGUGCGCUUCGAGCGCAUGCGCGGGCGCAACGUUUGCUGGGUGCCGGGCACGGACCACGCGGGCAUCGCGACGCAGUCGGUGGUCGAGCGGCAGCUGCUGAAGCAGGGCGUCUCGCGCCACGAUCUCGGGCGCGAGGAGUUUUUGCGCCGCGUCUGGCAGUGGAAAGAGGAGAAGGGCGACCGCAUCUUGUUUCAGCUGAAGCGGCUGGGCGCGAGCUGCGACUGGAGCCGCGAGGCGUUCACGAUGUCGCCGCAGCUCAGCGCGGCGGUGCAGGCGGCGUUCAUCACGCUGUUCGAGCGGCGGCUAAUCUACCGCGCGGAGCGGCUGGUGUCGUGGAGUCCGCACUUGAACACGGCGCUGAGCGACAUCGAGGUCGACGUGUUCGAGGUCGAGAAGCCGGGCACGAUGCGCGUGCCGGGCUUCGACAAGCCCGUCGAGGUCGGCUGGCUGUGGGUGUUUAAGUACCAGGUGUGCGACAGCGAGGAGGCGAUCGAGGUCGCGACUUCGCGGCCGGAGACGAUGUUUGGCGACACGGCGGUGGCCGUGAAUCCGCGCGACGCGCGCUUCCAGCACUUGAUCGGCAAGCGGCUCGUGCACCCGUUCGUGCCGGCGCGCGAAGUCCGCGUGAUCGCGGACGAGCACUGCGACCCGGAGUACGGGACCGGCGCUGUGAAGAUCACGCCCGCGCACGACAAGAACGACUUCGCGCUCGGGCAGCGGCACGGUUUGCCGCUGGUGAACGUGUUUACGGACGACGGCUACAUGAACGAGGAGGCCGGCGCGUUCGCGGGACUGCACCGCUUCGUCGCGCGCGUAGAAGUGCUCAAGCAGCUCGAGCAGCGCGGCCUGUUCGUCGGAAAAGUCAAAAACCCGCGCAAGAUGGCGAUCCCGAUCUGCAGUCGCAGCGGCGACGUCGUCGAGUACAUGAUGAAGCCGCAGUGGUACGUCGACUGCCAGCGCAUGGCCGCGCGCGCGGUGGACGCCGUGCGCAGCGGCGCGCUGCAGCUCUUCCCCGAGAAUUACACGAAGCAAUGGGACUACUGGCUCGGCAACAUCCAGGACUGGUGCAUCUCGCGGCAGCUCUGGUGGGGGCACCGCAUCCCGGCGUACCGCGUGCUGAGUGCGGACGUCGCGCGCGCGCCGACCGCGGCGGACGAACGCUGGGUGGUCGCCGCGAGCGCGGAGGAGGCGCUCGCACGCGCGCAGCGCGAGUUCGGCGCGGACGUGCGCGUCGAGCAGGACGAGGACGUGCUGGACACGUGGUUCAGCAGCGGGCUGUUCCCGUUUUCGGUCUUCGGCUGGCCCGCGCAGACGCCCGCGCUCGCGAAGUUCUUUCCGACGGACGUGCUCGAGACCGGCGUGGACAUUCUGUUCUUCUGGGUUGCGCGCAUGGUGAUGCUGAGCCUCGAGCUCACCGACGCGCUGCCCUUCACGCGCGUUGUGCUGCACCCGCUCGUGCGCGACUCGCACGGCCGCAAGAUGUCCAAGUCGCUCGGGAACAUCAUCGACCCGCUCGACGUGAUCGAGGGCGUCUCGCUCGAGACGCUGCAGGCCGGCCUGCGCAGCGGCAACUUGAAGGAGAGCGAGCUGAAGCGCGCGCUCGACGCGCAGCAGAAGGAGUUCCCCACGGGCAUCUCAGAGUGCGGCGCCGACGCGCUGCGCUUUGCGCUGCUCAGCUACCUGCGCGCUGGCAAGGACAUCAACCUCGACGUGAACCGCGUCGUCGCGUACCGCCACUUCUGCAACAAGCUCUGGAACGCAGCGAAGUUCGCGGUCGGC